AUGUAUCUGAGCAAUUUGGCUCAAGGGGAGAAAGUUCAGUGGCACAGAUAUAUUUGGAAUAGACUGUCAAUUCCUAAACAUAGAUUCAUUCUAUGGUUGGCUACUCUUGAUAAAUUAAAAACCAGAUCCAGGCUUCACAGAAUGGGGAUUGCUGCUGAUUGUAGUUGCCCUAUUUGUGGUAUUAAGCCAGAAACUGUGGCACACUUGUUCUUUGAGUGCACCUAUAGUGUGGAGUGUGGUACUGCUGUGUUGAAAUGGCUUGCUUUUUCCCAUUGCAAGUCUGGCCUCAUUGCUUUACUCAGGUGGGUUCAGAGAACUGCUUCUAGUGAUUUCAGAAGGAGGGUGGCUUAUACUGCCAUUAGUGCUACUGUGUAUCAUGUAUGGAAAGCUAGGAACACCUGCAUCUGGCAGCUGCAAGUCCCUAGCAUUCAGAAACUUGUCAAAGACAUUCAAGGGGAUGUCAAAUAUCGUGUACAGCAUCUGAUCAGUAAGAAAGUCUCUAGUAGUGAUCUCUUAUGGUUUCACACUUUGUAG